GCUCUCUUCCUGCCUAUAGCUAAGUUUAAAGUAAACUUAAUAAUAAGCGCAAGCAUAGGCGUUUUACUAUUCUUAGUAACUAAAGGUUACAAGCCUUGCGCAGGACUAGAGCCCCUAACACCAACUACUGCUGCGUUAGGACUAGCCUAG